GUCUUGAUGACUGCCUACAACAGUAUAUCAAAAAUUUUGAGAGGGAGAAGAUUGGUGGAGACCAGCUACUACGUAUUACUCAUCAAGAACUGGAGGAUCUGGGAGUUACUCGAAUUGGUCAUCAAGAGCUUAUCUUGGAAGCAGUUGACUUACUCUGUGCAUUGAAUUAUGGAUUAGAAACUGAAAACCUAAAAACACUUUCUCACAAGCUAAAUGCAUCUGCCAAAAACCUUCAGAACUUUAUCACAGGGAGGAGGAGGAGUGGUCAUUAUGAUGGUAGGACCAGCAGAAAAUUACCAAAUGAUUUCCUUACCUCAGUAGUGGAUUUGAUUGGAGCAGCAAAAAGUCUCCUAGCUUGGCUGGACAGAUCACCUUUUGCUGCUGUAACAGAUUAUUCUGUCACAAGGAACAAUGUCAUACAACUCUGCCUCGAAUUAACAACAAUUGUACAACAGGACUGCACAGUAUAUGAAACUGAGAACAAAAUUCUGCACGUGUGUAAGACUUUAUCUAGCGUCUGUGAUCAUAUAAUCUCACUUUCAUCUGAUCCCCUCGUGUCUCAAUCUGCUCACCUGGAAGUGAUCCAGCUAGCAAACAUCAAGCCAAGUGAAGGGCUGGGUAUGUACAUUAAAUCUACAUAUGAUGGUCUCCAUGUAAUUACUGGAACAACAGAAAAUUCACCUGCAGAUCGAUGUAAGAAAAUCCAUGCUGGCGAUGAAGUGAUUCAAGUUAAUCACCAAACUGUG